CAGCGAGAACUACAAAAAACACUGUUGGUGAACAAGAAAAUUGUCAAUUAUUCUCAGUUUGGAGAUUUGGAAGAUGAUGAUGAAGACUUUGCAUGUAUAGCUGCACCUUCAAGCAAAAAAUCCAGAACACAGCUCAAGGAUCCAAAGAAGGAGAAAAAAGAGAAGCAAAAAAAGCCACACACUGAAUUGGCUCCGUCACAAAAGCAGACACCUGGUAAAAGGAUAUCCUUGGAUGACAAACUUUAUCAAAGAGAUUUGGAAGUUGCCUUAGCCUUAUCCAUCAAAGAAAAAUCUGCAAAUAUCCUUGAGGUGCAAAAUUCAGAAGAACAAGGUAAGAAUAUUGAAUCAGAAAAUGUACAUAGGAGACCCCCCUUUUCCAACUGCAGUGUAGACAGUGAACUUUUAGGUCUCAAUCGGGUUAUGGAUGAUGAUGUACCUAGGGGUGAUGGUAGGCAAAGGACAGCAGCACCUAAAGUUCCAGCACAUCAGAAGUUACUGACUGUUGACAAUAAUGAUGGAGAGCAUGCUACUGACUCUGAGCCAGAGUGUGUACCCAGUGAGGAUUCAGAAGAAGAUUCAGAUUAUAGUGAAGGUGAUGAUGAAGACUUUGCGAUGGAAAAGAAAAAAGCCAAAGGAAAUAAAAAGCAAACCAGACAAAAGAUGCCACCUGAAAGACAGAAGAAAAAUCUCAAGUCCAAGAUUAAUCCUACAGUGUCAUCUGUAGUUUCUCCUUCACGAGUAAUGGAACCAAAAUCUGAGCCAACACAAAAGGAGAUGUCCAGUACUUUGGAACCAGUUGGGAGACCUUUACAUACUUCAAGUCCUGUAACAUAUAAGAAGCCUAAAUGGAUACCACCAGCUCCAUCAGGAAGCAGUAAUAACGCCAUGAAAUACAUUUCAGUUAAGUCACCUACUCAAUGUCUUAGACUCGGCCUCUCCAGACUAGCAAGAGUCAAACCACUGCAUCCCAGUGCUACCAGCAGUUAAAUGAUCAGUGACAAGAUGCCACAUGAAAGAAAAGACUUUGGAAGGUGUUUUGCUUAUAAAUACAGGGUGGGAAGCAAAAGCUUCAUGGCAUCAUCUGUUUUGGAGGACUGUUGUUCGUGUGCGUGUCUAAUACUAUAGUGAGUUUUUAUUCUCCAAAAUACUAGGCAUCCUUAAGUGCUACUGAAUAGUAUUAUUUCAGGUGAUACCUGGAUCACCAGCUCUUUGAUUUAUCAUACCUCAGAGAUGUGGGUUUGUGAUAAUUUUAAUUCUCUGAUAUCUAAACUCUUGGCAUUAAAAUAGUCUAGACAGCUCUAUGCCAGUUAUAGAAUUUGAUAUCUCAAAUGGAUUCUUAACACCAGUGAAAGUCACAGUUUAAAAAACAAUUCUUGGAAGUGUUAAAUUAUCACUUCCUACCCCCUUUUUGGAAAGUUUGUCACCACUCAAAAUCUGUUAACGUUUGCAUAUUUUUUAUGUGGAUUUUAAUGAAUUUUUAUGUAUUAUAGAUGUAAAUGUUUUUUAGAAUGUUAUAUUUUUAAAAAUGCUAAAAUAAAGUACUUUAUAUAAUCAUA